AGAGAUACUCUCAUUGAAACUUUUUCGCAAUAUGGCAUCUGUGAAAUCAGAAAUGUUGCAGUUUUCUGCUACAAACACCACCUCAGAUCCCGCAGAUCGGUCUGUUUUGAUCGUUGGUCAGCUCCCAAACUUGACCAAAGUUCCCUAUGACACCGCAAAGACCAAAUUGCAGCCACGAGUCAAUGAAGAGUCCUACAGAAUGGCACUUGGCUGUCUUAGCCCAUCGCCAACAGAUACUGUCUCUCUGUGGUUCAACAAUGCAACGUUAGCUGCUCUACCAGUGAAAGCCAGUAGACACAAUACACCCUCCCGAUCUCACAUCCUCACCAAACUGGUCCGUAGCUGUCUCACUGGAAGUGGCAACGAAUGCAUUGUGGUUGCGUGUGAACAUGCCCAUGUCUUUGCGCUUGGUUGUGCCAUCGCAAGAGCAUUUCCCCUCUAUUCUCGUAAAGCAGGCUCCCAUAAGCAAGUCCAGCGUGUCAUCACCGUAGAAUUUGUCAUCACAGAUGAGAAUAAUUCCUCUUUAACCGAUGAAGAGGUUGGAACUCUAAACUUUACUGCUCAGUCUAUCCGGGAGUCGGCUCGUAUUGUAGACAUGCCCUGCAGUGAAAUGAACACAAUGCACUUUGUACAAGAAGUACAAAGAGUUGGACAAGGCCUUGGCAUCACCCCUCUCAUCAUCCAAGGAGAGGAGCUCCAACGUAAAGGAUUUGGAGGUAUCUAUGGUGUUGGUAAAGCUGCAGCCAAUCCACCAGCCUUUGCUGUUCUUAGCCACACCCCACCAAACGCCUCUCAGACCAUCGCUUGGGUUGGUAAAGGUAUUGUCUAUGAUACAGGUGGACUCUCUAUCAAGGGGAAGACUGCCAUGCCCGGUAUGAAGAGAGACUGUGGUGGGGCAGCGGCUAUUCUAGGUGCGUUCGAAGCAGCCGUUAAAGCAGGCUUUGAAGAAAAUCUUCAUGCUUUAUUCUGCCUUGCUGAGAAUGCUGUAGGGCCAGAUGCCACGAGACCAGAUGAUGUGCAUAUUAUGUACUCAGGAAGGUCAGUUGAAAUCAACAACACGGAUGCAGAAGGGAGAUUAGUACUAGCAGAUGGUGUAUCCUAUGCAGCAAGAGAUCUAAAGGCUGAUAUUAUCGUUGACAUGGCAACCCUGACCGGUGCCCAAGGAAUCUCAACAGGAAAGUACCACGCUGGACUCCUGACCAAUAAUGAAGACUGGGAGAUGGCAUCGGUGAAAGCAGGUCGUAACACUGGUGAUUUAGUGUUUCCCUUGGUGUAUUGUCCAGAGCUUCACUUCAGCGAGUUUGGCAGUGCAGUAGCCGACAUGAAGAACUCUGUUGCGGAUCGUGGCAAUGCACAGAGUUCUUGUGCAGGUCUCUUCAUCGGUUCUCAUAUCGGCUUUGACUUUGGGGGAGUUUGGAUACACUUUGACAUUGCCUCUCCCAGUUACUCGGGUGAGAGAGCAACAGGGUUUGGUGUAGGUCUACUGUUGGGUCUGUUCGGACGUGCCACUCAAUCCAAACUCCUUCAAUCCAUCUCACCAUGCGGCCUCAAUCAAGACGACGAAAUGAUGGUUGAAAGCGCCACCAAAAAGAUACGACUCAUAUGAAUGAUAAUCCUCUUUCUUUCUAUCUAGCAUUAGCUUAUGUUGUUAGUUGGUUGUCAAACAACACUGAUAAAUGAAAAAAAAUAACAUUGCAUUUUGUGAUACGAAUCUAUCCUUGGUACUUUGUAUGUAAUGUACCGAUUUAUAUAAUAUCAUUCAGUCAGUAUAGCAUAAAUCAGUGCUUUUCAACCAAUGAUCCACUGCUCAGAUUGUAAGCUUCUGCUGGUGGGUCAUUAAGGCACGGCCAACAAUAUAAGAUACAGGGUUUUUGAUUAUGUCUAAUGUCAAGCAACACAUUAGGUUAAAUUUGUACUUUUGACUGAAAUCAAUAGGAUAGAAUUCAGGGUGCUACUUAACUUUUUAGAAGCACUUGCCCAGUCGGGCAAGUAAAUUUUUAAAUAGUUCAAAUACACUUGCCCAAAAUUCUAUUUCACUUGCUCGAAAAAAUCAUUGAAAAAAAGAAGAAAGUGCUGCGGUUUUAUAAAUCAUUGACCUUUUUCUCUCUUUUGACAUGAACUGAUCUACCUUGUUAUUGCCAUGACCAAAAUUAGGGUCAGUAUCAUAUUAUGUUGACCCUAAUUUUCGCCAUUCUACUGUGAGAAUUUUGCUUGCCCAAUUCAGGCAAGUAGUUCUGGUCUUUACUUCAAAACACUUGCCCGGCUCUAACUUUUUCUUGCCCUGGGCAAUCGGGCAAGUGCUUAUGUAGCACCCUGAUAGAUGCAGUGCCACAGUGUAUUGAUUAUCAUCAAUGCAGUGUUCGUAUCUCUAAAAAAAUUAUUUAAACCUAUGCACGCUGAUGUUGCAAUUUUGCACAUUCCUACGAUUAAAUUCAACAAUAGUAAUGAUUAGCUUCCUCCCCUAACUUCAUAUUAGAGAAGCUAAUAAAUGGCAAAUGUUCUUGGACAACAUCUGUAUGACAAUCAUCAGGAUCAAUGGUUCAAAAUGGAAAUCUUGAUUCAAAGAAAAUAACAUGGAAACAAUUGUCAUUGUUAUUCCCUGAAAGUUAGUUCUGAAUGCAAAGAGUUAAAUCUAUAAUAACAAUAGUCAAUAAUUAUAUUAGUGAUAUAUUAGGACCUGUACCUGCCAGGUUCUGUACCUUGCGAUGCUUGCUCAUGAAAAUUAAUAGAAACAAAAUUAUAUAAAAAGUCUUAAACAAUAUUAGUAAGACAAAAAAAAAAAUUUAGUGAGAUCUUUCUAUAUGAAAUAUGUGAGGGGCAUGGUGGGGGAGUCCAUGUAUUAGUUCUCAGUUGUGAUUUUUUAAGUUGCCUCUUUUUUUGGGGGAAAAUGAGUUAUGGUUUGCAGCACAGCUACCCGAUCCAGCUUCCAUGUCAGGGGUCUAUUUGUAUGAAUAAUGCAAUAAUAAUUUGGUAUAUUUCACAUUAAGGUACUUUGCACCUUAUAGUGUGCAAUAUUUAUCAUCGAACGUAAGAAGUCUGUAUCCUUCGUCACAUAACUUGUUAUCAUAGAAAAGGUUAUCUGUAUUCUUGGUACCAGUAAAUCGCAAAAAGUAGUUUUCACUAUUCCAAUUCGUUACUGGAUUAGGGAAGAGCUGUGGUGUAGUGGUUCUGACUCUCGCCUUGUAAACAGAGGGUCGUGUGUUCAAAUCCCACCGGGGUCUCGCGUCCUUUGGCAGGGUGUUAAUCCACACUCUGCCACUCUCGACCCAGGUGCUAAAUGAGUACUCAGUAGGAUGCAAGAGUUAUUGUAUGUUUGAAUCUGUCAGCACCAUUUUGAGGCUGGGAUGAAUGCAAGGAAUGCUCCCCAGGGAGUGGAAAUUGUGCACUUUUCGUGCGAGAUUGAAAUGAAUCCAAUGACCGGGAUAAUAAUAUGCAGUAAAACCCUUUGAGCCAUUUUGGGAAAAGCACUGUAUAAAAACUUGCUAUUAUUAUUGUUAUAUGACUGCGUAUGUCUGAAAAUGGUAAUGAUGUGAAGACUAUAAAGUAGAUUUUGUGAUUUUACGUCAAAAUUUAUUCUUAAUUGUGUGUCUGACCAAAAUAAAAUAUUUGCAUAUUUGGAGUUGGGCUGUACAUGAAUAUAAAACCACUCUUCGAACACGAAAUGGGCUGAAAAUGUCUGGAUACAUGUAUAAUCUUUGUCUAGAGCAUUUUAAUAGUCUAUAAAUUUGCAAGGUAAGUGCUCAAAGCGCCGUUUACAAAGGAAAAUAAAGACAUUAGUAGGAGAGGGUGCGAGAUGCUGAAUAAUUAUAAAUUUGAAUUCUAGUAGUUGAAAAAAAAUUCAAUGGCCACAACACUUUGUAAGAUUGAAUGGUACUCGAGUGUUCUUCUCUAUAUUCAUGUUACACAUUGUUUAAUACUGUAGAGAAGAACUGGAUAUUUUGAAUUCUUAAUUUUUUGAAAAAUUUGCUCAUCUAAUUUCAUUUUUUUCUCUCAAAUGAUGUCCAAAGUAAACAAAUAAACCAUGAUUCAAAUGUUUAAUCUACUGUUUGGUCAGUGACGUAACCAUCAGACCAUCACCUGGUCCAUGGCUUAGUCAUGAUGGUAUGAGACCAAAUACCUCAUUACCUCUGAUUUUUAAUCCGACUUGCAUUCUUAAUCUGCCAUGGACAAAGGAAAGGAGUGUUAAAGGGUGUGACCUAUUUGCAUCACAGUCGUGCAACAGGAAUAAACAUACCUGUCUAAAUAACUCAAAAUGAGAGGGACCAACUGGUUAAGAGGCAUGUAUAUUGCUACAUUGCUUGAAUUUUGCAUUAUGCAUCUCUAGGUAUAUCAUAAUAACAUUGUCUUGCUCUCUUUUGGUGGAUCAUAAAGUUAAAAAGAUACAUAUUGCCCUCAUCUUGUCGUGUUGGUGCAAGAAUGCCCUUUCGCAAUGCCUUUAUGCAUGCUGCUAAGGGCAUUUUUGUGCAUGUGCGAUGUGCGAAAGUGUGGUGUUCAGGACGUUCUUGUACCGACACAACAAUCUAAUGGCCUGUGACAGUAUGAUUUUGUUUUGGGCAGUGACUCAUUUUAUGUUUUCCUCUAGCCCAGCUAAUAAUCGAGAGUCAAUAUAUUGAUCAAUGUAUUGGAGUUGUAUAUAUUUAGCCACAUCCUUACUAUAGUUAACAUAUCUUUUGUAUAUUAGUACUUACUUUUCUUUCUUGAAUGUGUAGAAAGAAGCUAUUUCCUCUAUAUUUUCUUAGCCAAGGUACUAUUCAAUGCAGUUUUUGUAUGGUUUUAAGAUUUUAUGCAGAUCUGGGUGUAUUGAACAAUGAAAUACAAAAGUGUAAAAUGCUAAUCCUUUAUUUUUUCUUGUUUUCUCACAAAGUAUGAGAGUUCUUAUAUUCAAACUUGAAUUCAAUACUCUACAUUAGUAUUGCAUAUUGAUGGGACAGACUUAAAUUUAACUUACAAGUAAUCCAACUUACCCAUGUUUGUACAAAGAGCAUACUCUGGUAUGAAAUACCCCCCUUAUUUCUCCUUUAUUCUUUAUUUAUUUUGGGGGAAAUGGAGAUUGAAAAUAAGUACCUUUUCGCAGUGAAUAUUUUUUUUGGGGGGGAGGAUGAUGAAUGGACAAAUUUUCAAAUAGAUUUUAAUAUUACUUUUCUGUAAAGUUAGCUUUCCAUAUCUACCAGUCAUUUUGUGAAAUAUGCUCUGUGUAAUUUUACGAAACACCAUUUAAAAAAAUCCUCUAUCACUGCUCAAAUAAAUUGGGACAAAGUGCUGUGUUUGAAAUUUCAAGUACAGUGUCAUUGUUUGUUGCUUUAUUGAAAACAUAGUUAUUAUACCUAUAUGAAUAAACAGGGACUGUGUUGUCAUACGAAAUUGGAAGUAGUAUACAUAUUGUGAGAAAGUUUUUAACUUUGAUAUGAAGAAGUACAUCAAAAAUAAGAAAUGAAACCAUGAAAGAAUAAUUGUGAUGAUCACAGUCAUUGUCAUUUGGGUGAUAUAUAAUUCAUUUUGAGAUGACGUUUGUGAAAAGAUUACAUUAAAUGUUGUCUCCACAUA